UACAAAUCUAGAUUAGUUUUAUGUUUUAUUAUAUGGUUAAAUAAAACUCAUCUACAACGUGUGACACAUUGGAAACAAUAAUAUUGAAAUGCGCGGGUGUUUAAAAUGCUUCCCACCUGAUUAUCUGGAGAGAUAAUUCUGCCCUUCCCAACACGCUCGUUGUAUAUUUAUUUACAUUCGUCUAUGAAAGGAGGCACGCAUUAUCGUGUGCACUGAAACAGGAAGUUGAUUUUCAUUUUCAAAGCUUUCUUAUUUUUAACCUCACGUAACGUCUUGCUGCCAUUUUCAGCGGGUUUAUAUUUUAAAUAGCGCCGAAAGGAGCAUCGUUUUUGUGUUUAUUGAGUUUCUGUUUUUUUUCUCGAGCCAACUUGGAUUGAGUGGACUAUCACUUUAAAAUACGUAUGAAGCAUAUGUAAUACCAAUUUUUACGUUUUAAACUUUUAUUGAAAAGAACACCGAUGACCUCCGUUUACGAAGACAGCGACCCCAAUAAUUUAGGGCUCUCAGGGGAUAUCGGUCAAGUAAACCAAGAUGAGUUGGAUUUUUCUUAUUUGUUUGAGUAUGCAACAUGCGGCGAUUUCCCCGGAGAAGACAAAGAUGAGUCAAACCUCCCUUCUCAAAAAGUCCUCAGCCCACCGUCCGGGUUGGGCUACCCCCAUGAGGAUCACCAGUCCUGCAGCCGGUCCCCGUACAGGGAUCCCGUCCCAGAUGGCCUGCCGGGGUACGAGCAUCCGGACGCCUCCAGGGCCGGGGGCCCCGCCCUGAGCCCCCGGAUUGAGAUCACCCCGUCCCAUGAGCUGUACCACCACGGAAGGGACACCCCGCAGGCCCAGCCCGUCAACAUCGGCGUCUGGCCCUCUCUGACGGUCCCGGGACUGGAGGGCGUGGCCUACCGAGAGGCCCAGUGCCUGAGCCCCGCCAGCAGCAACUCCUCCACCAGCUGGCAUUCGGAGAGCUACUCCCCCUGGGCGUCGCCCUGCGUGUCGCCCAGCGGGGGGGGCACCGCCGCCGACCUCUGCCCGCGCUUCCAGAAUAUCCACACCUGCUCUCCCCAUACCUCCCCCGGCACCUCCCCCCGCACCAGCGUCACCGAGGAGACCUACCUGGGGGCGCGGUCGCCCUCCCCCCGCCCGGGGUCCCGCUCCACCUCGCCGCAGGGGAAGAGGACCUACGACAUGUACCAGAACCCCUCCCUGGCCCCCCGCGUCCGCUCCCGGAGCCCGUCCCCCCACGGCGGCCGCGACGACCAGCACCGCCCCCCCGCCCCCGCGCAGUACGGCCCCCCCGCCGGCCUGGCCGAGGCGGUCAACGGCCUCGGCGCCGGGCUGGGCGGGUCGGUCCCCACCAAGAUCGUCAAGUCCAACCUGGACUACCAGGCCUAUGGCGAGAGCCAGCCGGACAGCUUCCUGUUCUCCUGCGAGCAGGACGUGAAGGGCAAGACUGAGUCCUUCUAUGUCAUUCCACAAAUCUGGCCCAAUCAGCUGGUCCCCAGCCUCUGCAGCAUUCCGGUGGCUUCCUUGCCCUCCCUGGAGUGGCCCGUCCCCAGCCAGAACGACCAGUACGAGCUCCGCAUAGAGGUCCAGCCCAAACCCCACCACCGCGCCCACUAUGAGACGGAGGGCAGCCGGGGAGCGGUCAAGUCCCCCAGCGGGGGCCAUCCGGUGGUCCAGCUGCAUGGGUACCAGGGCAAAGAGACUCUGGGCCUGCAGAUCUUCAUCGGCACGGCCGACGAGAGGAUCCUCAAGCCCCACGCCUUCUACCAGGUCCACCGAAUCACCGGCAAGACCGUAACCACCACCAGCUAUGAGAAGAUAGUCCACAGCACCAAGAUCUUGGAGCUCCCUCUGGAGCCGAAGAACAAUAUGAGGGCAGUAAUUGACUGUGCGGGGAUUCUGAAACUGAGGAACGCGGACAUCGAGCUGAGGAAAGGGGAGACGGACAUCGGGCGAAAGAACACGCGGGUCCGUCUGGUGUUCCGGGUGCACAUACCCCAGCCUGGGGGCCAGUACCUGUCUCUCCAAGUGGCUUCCCAUCCCAUCGAGUGCUCUCAGAGAUCGGCCCAUGAGCUCCCCAUGGUGGAGAAGCAGGACAUGGACCGCUGCUCGGUUCUGGGGGGACAGCAGAUGAUCCUGACUGGGCAGAACUUCACUUCCGAGUCCAAGGUGGUCUUCAGCGAGAAAACGCACGACGGACAGCAGAUCUGGGAUGUGGAGGCCUCUGUGGACAAAGACAAGAGCCAGGCUAACAUGCUGUUCGUGGAGGUCCCGCGGUACCGAGACCCGUCCAUUUGCCGACCCGCCAAGGUGAACUUCUACGUGAUCAACGGGAAGAGGAAACGCAGCCAGCCCCAGCAUUUCACCUACACUCCACUGCCAGUGACGUCCAUUAAAACAGAGCGAGUUGAUGACUACCAGUCCAGCCAGAUGGGCUAUGCAGUGUCUCAGGUCCUGGGGGCAUCUCCCCAGUCUUAUUACCACAAUCUCCAUGGCCUGGUCAACCAGAACAGCGGCCUGCUGGGCAGCAUGGGGCCUGCCUGUGAGCUCUCCGGCCCGGACUCCCGCUACCAGCCGCAGAACCCUGCCAUCAUCUACCCCUGGGGGGCCAAGACCCUGGGGGGCAGCCCCCUGCUGUUCCAGCAGCUCGGGGGCGGGACUCCUGAAGGGCACCAGGCGGCGCUGGUCCACCCCGCCUCCCAGGCUGAGCCACGCCUUGCGGGCACCACGCAGCUUUCCGUGUCUCCCCGCCAGCACUCCUCCUCCUCCUCCACCGCCCUACACGUCUCUCCCACCAAUCACCUGCUCCAAGGAGCUGCGUCGUUGCCCGGGCAACAGCCCCUCCCGUACUGCGACGACGGCUUCCCCAGCGCCCGCUCUGCGGCCCACCCUCUGGCAGCCUACCAUGGAGUCAUCCACCCUCAGCCCCACCCCGUGCCCAAGGUGCCCAGGCCCCCGCCAGGGCAGGCAGACCCCCAGCGGGGCCCCUCAGCCAGGGUCACCAUUAAGCAAGAGAACCUGGACCAGGUCUACCUGGAUGAUGCUAAUAAGAACCGUUUGUUCUGCAGUUAACGAGAUCAUAAGGAACGACCUGACUGUCCACGGCAGGGGUCAGACGUAGACGCCUCCCGGCGCUCCUCCGAGACAUCGCCCUGGAAUCCCACCGGCCCUGCUCCCUCCCCCCUCCGUCCCUCUCCAAUUGCCGCUGCCCUCCGAUUCGUCCGAUUCGUACAGCUCACCUGCCGAAUGUCCAGCCUACUCACGCCCGUUUUCACAGAGCACACCCGGCGCUACGUCUCACAGACACUUGAGUAAACAAGAAUGUGCCUUACUUUGGCUGCUGAGAAAGCCACAUUGGUCACAGAUAGGAAAAGCUAAAUGACAUCUUCUUACAGCUAUUUCACAGUAUCUGUAAAUAUGCUCGCUUAUUACUAAAGAUGGGUAAGGUUUCAUGAUGGCUUCAUGACUGUUUAACAAAUUGCAGUCAGGAACCUUUUGCCAGAGAAUAGCUAACUGUACAAUGCCUUCUUCAACUAACAUUGAAAAAAAUAGUGGGUGAAAGAAUUCUUUACCCACCUCUGUGUAAAAAAUGUUGUUGCACCUGUUAGAAACCUGUUAGAUUCAUGUUAAAUGAAGGAAUCUAUUUUUUAUUUUUUCUUAUCUGUCAUUUUAGUUCCUUGAUAUUUUGAAGCAUUUUACCAAAGAAACAAUAUAUCUUUGAAGAAGCAUAUUUUUUCUUGUCCAGUCCAGGUCUUUGAAAAUAAGCAUUGAGUAGUGUUUGUUUUAGUGUGUAGUCUUAAUUUGUUUCUUGCUUUUUUUUUAAGUAUAUGUCCGUGUUUAUAUGAGCGCUUGACAAUAACGUAGAAGCUCUUGCUGCACGUGAGCUUUUUAAAAAUAAUCAUUGAUAACUUGACACUGAAGGAGUAUCACACAGCACAAAGUUCGCAGCAUAUCUGAAAUGCCAAAGAUAAGUUCUGUAGAAAGCCAUUUACACUGUAUUUGCACAGCGGUUUUCUUGUUUUGUGAUUGCUUUGCAGUUAUUUUGAUACAUUUAUUUUUGCAAAUACUUGACAAAGAAUAAUCUCCAGUGCACCUAGACAGCAGGAAUCAGGGCCCCUGCAGACCAGCCGGAAUCAGGUCUCACUCCACUGUUCUGCUAAUGGCCGUGUUGUAAUAUCCUUCAUUUAUUUGGAAAACUUUAAAGCAGUGUUACGUCUGCCUCGGGCCAGGAGACAUCGCAGGCUCCUUUCAAUCCACAGCCUGAAAACGUAGCAGCAUAACACCUUAAUUUUGGAUUUCGUUUUUUAACGAGCCUCAGGUCCGUGCGAAAGCAACACAUUUCGAGACACGGAAGUAACAGGGUAACACCAGAUUCCCUUGCACAUCGUUACUCCGGGAUUCUGGCAUGGCCUUGGGGGCUACCUUAUUACCUUCCACUGCGGAUUGAGUAUAAAUAUUUGUUUUUAUGUGUGUGCCCUGCGAGGAUUAAAGUGCCUUACAUUUAACCAAACUGUUAAAGUAAAUUUUGCAUGAUGAUGACCCCAUAAUUCCUGAAGUAUUUAUUCCUAAAUAGUGGUGCAUAUGGAAUUUGUGCAUAAGUUGUCCUAUACGUAUUUGUUUUGGAUUCUAAUACUUUUCUGUGCUCUAUUGAUCUUGCCUGGUAGAAUUGAGCCUGCCAAUAUUACCAGAAGGCGGGGUUUGCAUUUAGAGAGUAUUUCAUUGGUUCCAAUACACCAAACAAGAUCAGUAAAGCGUAAUAAAGUAUUUGAAUCCAAAACAAAUACAUAUUUGACCCAGGUCUGGCAUGGGGCCUUUCAACAGAUUCAUCACAACCAAAGCAUCGGUUACAUGUCCUGAUUAUUUUCCACAGCUCUCUGCUACAAGGACCGACUUUGCACCGUGUGAAUGCUCUCCUGACUCGUACUUUAGGAAACCGUCUUUUCCAUACGUAUGUAAAUGUUUGACUUUGCGGGUUUUCCGGCUAUUGUAAUGAAAAGGCGCAGUGCAGAAACACCGGCAAACUGUGUGUGUCAUGCUUUCCAUUCGCUUCGAAACGAUUACAAUUAGCAGAAGUCAAGGGGUAGAGAUCAUGCAGUGGACAGGCCUGGACCUCUGUAAAAACAUAAAAAUGGAAACAUGAUGGUGAUAAUACUAAUAAAUAGAAUGACUGUGGAGUAGCACAUUUAAAAAGAAUUAUUGGACUAUAUUUUAUAAAACUGGUUACAUUUUAUAUCUGUAAAAUGUAAUGUUAUUCAGCAAUACCUAAAAGACAUCUCUACUGUAGUGUGACUGAUGUUAAUAAUUGGUAUGUGUAAUACAAUGAUUCGAUUUUCAGAGGCGUAUUUGAAUUGUUUGUGGAAGUUAUGCUGAAUUCCUUUGGUUAACCUUAUAUAGUCUCAUUUGUGUAGAAUGUGAUUUAUUAACACAUUUAAAAUUAUAUUUAGAUUUUUUAAAAUCGGCUUAGAGAGGACUUCAGUGCUUUGGUUUAAAUAUAUUUUGGGAGACUGUCACAUUGAUGUAAAUAAUUUGGAAACAGUUAUUUUAUUUGGAAUUAUGUACUUUGAUAGAUUUUAUAUGUUUUUAUUGUUUUGCAUGGAGUGUAGAAACUGCAAACUCUGUUUCCCCUUUGUUUUAAAUUCCCACGUUUUACUCCUGCCUUAAUCAUCAGCAAAGUCUUAUUUUUGUAUUGAGUUCCAUGUGUGUUGCAGUACAAUGUACAGUAUGUCACUGUUAGAAGGCAUUGUCUGUAAUUUUGCCUUGAAGGCUAAUUGCAUAUGCAGUUCAAAAGUAAUUAUGUAUGUUUUGCUGUGUAGUCAUCUCAGUUACCCUUGUGUACAAACUAUGCUUUAACUUUGGAAUUUAUACCCUGAAUGUACUCUUUAGCCAAAUAUACUGUUCUUACGUACUGUAAAUAGACAACGGCUGAACUUUGUAUAAAAAAAAUACAUUUUUGGAAGGGUGUAGGUAGAAGUAAAAAAAAUUUUAGUCAUAAACUGAAUCAGUUGGAUACCCUUCUUUGGAUGCCUUAUUAAUAUAUUAAAUGCGGAUCUACGUAGCUAAUUAAAUAUUGAAAUAUAGUAAUGCAUCACUUAUAAUGCAUUAGACUGGUCAUGUUUUUGUUCCGGUUCAUUAUUGUUUACUUUUUUGCUAUGCAAUCUUGCUAUCUUGUUGCAAUUUUACUUAUUAGAGCAUUUUACCUACAAUUCAACAAUAAAUUUGAAACAUUCUUGUCA